AUGGGGUCACAGUGCAGUUCCCUGUCAGACACGCUGGCGGGAGGACGACGCGGGGACAGUGACAACGGGUUCAUUGUGAAUGCAAAGCCGACCGAGGGCCUUCCGCGGGGCAGCCGCGAGCACGCCCUGGACAUCGGCCCGGACAUGGGACAGGAGGCCACCUGCGGUGGCAGCGGUGCCGUCCUGAGCCCGGACCCCGGCUACGACCUGCAGGACAUCUGGAGCCAGGAACCAGAGCCCGAGCCCUGCUCCCCGCGGGUGCCCGUGGGGACCCUGGAAGAGGAGCAGGAGCCGCACCCACCCGCGCCCAGGCCGCCCAAGAAGGCGACCAAGGCCAGGAAGGCGCCCAAGAGGGAGAAGCUGGCUCCGGAGACGCCUCCGCCGGGUAAAAAUGGCAACAGAAGAGGCGUGAGAACCAAGAGCCCCGAGAAGGCUGCCGGCGAUGAGCAGGGCGUCCCCGUGGCCCCCGGGGAUGUCAGGGCGGGGUGCCCGCCCCUUGGCCUGGAAACCUUAAAAAUCACCGACUUCCAGCUCCACGCGUCCACCGUGAAGCGCUAUGCGGCUUCUCCUCCGGGCACGGCGGCUCCGUCCCCGAGGCGCCUCCCGGUCUCCUUACCCUUCGGUUCCUUUGCUCUGGGCCUGGCCGCCUGUGCUCUCAGCUGGGCAGGUGUCAGCGAGAACGACUUCUACGACGGGGCGUGGUGCGCAGGCAGGAACGACCUCCACCAGUGGAUCGAGGUGGACGCCCGGCGGCUGACCCGCUUCACGGCCGUCAUCACGCAGGGGCGGAACUCGCUGUGGCUGAGUGACUGGGUGACCUCCUACAAGGUCAUGGUGAGCAACGACAGCCACGCGUGGGUCACGGUGAAGAACGGGUCUGGGGACGUGGUGUUUGAGGGGAACAGUGAGAAGGAGGUCCCCGUCCUCAACGAGCUGCCGGUGCCCAUGGUGGCCCGCUACCUCCGCGUCAACCCGCAGUCCUGGUUCCAGGAUGGGAGCAUCUGCCUGCGGCUGGAGGUCCUCGGCUGCCCGCUGCCCGAUCCAAACAACUAUUACCACCGGCGCAACGAGAUGACCACCACGGACGACCUGGACUUCAGGCACCACAGCUACAAGGAGAUGCGCCAGGUGAUGAAGGUGGUGAGUGAGAUGUGCCCCAACAUCACCAGGAUCUACAACAUCGGCAAGAGCCAGCAAGGCCUGAAGCUGUACGCCGUGGAGAUCUCCGACCGGCCCGGGGAGCACGAAGUCGGGGAGCCCGAGUUCCACUACAUGGCGGAUUUAGAAAUUCUAAGCUGGGCUCAGAGACUCCAUACAACGGCUGCUUUCCCGCCAAGUCCCUGUUGGGGCGUCGGGGCGCGGGCCUCCUCCUCACGUGGUCCCCGGCGUGGGUGCUUGCAGGUGGCGGCGGAGACCAGGGCGGUCAUCGCCUGGAUGGAGAAGGUCCCCUUCGUGCUGGGCGGCAACCUGCAGGGCGGCGAGCUGGUGGUGGCCUACCCCUACGACAUGGCCCGGUCCCCCUGGAAGACACAGGAGCGCACGCCCACGCCCGACGACCACGUGUUCCGCUGGCUGGCCUACGCCUACGCCUCCACCCACCGCCUCAUGACCGACGCCCGCCGGCGGGUGUGCCACACCGAGGACUUCCAGAAGGAGGACGGCACCGUCAAUGGGGCCUCCUGGCACACCGUGGCCGGAAGUCUCAACGACUUCAGCUACCUCCACACGAACUGCUUCGAGCUGUCCAUCUACGUGGGCUGCGACAAGUUCCCGCAUGAGAGCGAGCUGCCUGAGGAGUGGGAGAACAACCGGGAGUCCUUGAUCGUAUUCAUGGAGCAGGUGCACCGCGGCAUCAAAGGCCUGGUGACGGAUUCCCACGGAAAAGGCAUCCCGGACGCUGUCAUCUCCGUCGAAGGCAUCAACCAUGACGUCCGAACAGCCAGUGAUGGUGAUUACUGGCGCCUCCUGAACCCCGGCGAGUACGUGGUCACGGCCAAGGCAGACGGCUUCAGCGCGUCCACCAAGAGCUGCAUGGUUGGCUACGACAUGGGCGCCACGCGGUGCGACUUCACGCUCGGCAGGACCAACCUGGCCCGCAUCCGGGAGAUCAUGGAGACGUUCGGGCGGCGGCCCGGCAGCCUGCGCGCCCGGCAGCCCAGGCUCCGGGGGCGCAGGAGGCGGCAGCGCCCCUCCUCCGUGGAGGCGCGCCCCUAA